GUGGUACAUAUUGUCUGAGGAACCAUGUGGAUCACAAGGUUCAUUCAUUUUGUUCCUCCAACGUAUGCUUCUCACUAACAUCAUCAACAAACCAAACCACUCACAGAAAAUGGAAUAAAAAAUAACAAGAAAAAAAAACACAGGAAUCAUAAUGCAAAUGGCACUUUUGUUAAGAGGUGGAACACUUGCUGAUUCCACCUUUCGUUUGUGUUCUUUAACUUCAACUUCUUCUUUACAUGUCUCUCAAAAUGUUGUCAUACCCAACUCAUCAUCAUCACCAAUACUACCUUUGAUUGCGAGUAGAUUGAAAACGGUAACUAGAAACAAGAUAAUUUGCUCUGCAGUUCAAGAAUCGUCUACUACUAGUACAUCAGCUACUGCUGAAACAAAGGAGGAGGUAAAGGCAGAUGAAACAAAGGAGGAGGUAAAGGCAGCAGCUCCGAAAGCAGCAACAGCGAAGAAGACUCCUCCUGCUAAAGCUCCGGUUAAGCCUUUACCUCAGAUGAUGGAAGAGGAUGUGAUUCCUUCAUUGAAAACAAUCUUAGAAUCCAAUAAAGAUCUCUCUGAUAUUGAGUUGGUUUUUCAGGACAAUAAGUUGGAAGGUUCAUUUCGAAAAAAAGACAAUCCCUACUCAUUUUGGGCCUUUUUUCCCACAGGAAUUACUGGUCCAAAGGGGUUUUCACUGUCAUCUUAUAACUCAGGAGCAAGCACGGUUGAACCGUUUCUCGUUGAUGAGAAAAAAAUUACUUCAAAACUCAUUGUCUUUUGGGUUGAAAAACGUUUGGCAGCACAGGGGAUUAUUCCUGUAUGGAAAGAUUGAUUCUUCAAAAAGAAUUUUCUUUUUGGUUGCAAAUGAUGUAGCAUAAAGUUCAAUAUUCUCUUGUACCUUGGAUCAUUGACUAUGCCUUAUAUGGUAUAUAAAGUGUUGUUUUGAUCAA